CUUGCUAUCUAUUGCAUACCUCUGUCUCUCAGUGGAUGUAUACCCAAUAACAGGAACACAGGACAGCGUGAUUUACUAUACCCGUGUUAAAGAUGACAUACUGUAAAAUUGUUUUGGGCUUUGAUUGAAUUAAAUGUGGUAUGCGUAUCAAAUUAAUUUUUUCGAUAUAAAGAGUGGAUUUAAUUUACAGCUUUUUUUUCGGGGAAUUGUGUAUCCUCUUUGCAAUUAAAAAAUUAAUAUUCGGAGCGAUCGUUUUACUGUUUCUCCGUUUUCAUCGAGUACCAGACAUUGAAUUAUUAGCUGUUCUAAGAUGUCUACAUCUUAUUCGAGUCAAUCAGACCUCGUGUCCAAUCUGUCCGUCCCUGCACCAAGCCAGACCAUCAAUAAACGGAUCAUCUACGGCUUCGCUGGGGCUUCCUUUGUUAUUAUCCUCUCUCUUUCCAUUUCUCUUGGUGUUGUUUCAAGUAAGGGAAAUGACAAGCCUAAUAUUUACUAUGAGCAAUCCAGUAAAGAGCCCACCACCAAAAGAGAGCAGUCGUGUUCAGGACAGACUCAAUCGUGUCCACCACAGAUACUGAUGUGUCCAGAAUCAACCAGACCAGCGGAGCCAGAGAAAAUCCAAACGGCCACAUCCUGUACGGAGCAAUACGGAUCGCACCCGACCGACCCUCAAAUAGCAAACUGUGUUUUAGAUAGCUAUCCACUUAUAGACGGACACAAUGACCUGGCUUAUUGGUACUACCAGACUGUCCAAAACAAGGUGUACAGCGUGGACAUGAGACAGAACCUGAAGGAACUGUUCCCCAACUCGACAAUCCACUCCGACAUCCCGAGGUUACGCCAGGGAAAGCUAUCGGCCCAGUUUUGGGCUGUGUAUGUUGACUGUAACAGUCAGUAUAAGGAUGCGGUCAAACUCUCCUUGGAUCAGGUUGAUACAGUGAAGAAAUUCAUCGCUAAGUACCCAGACGUCUUCAAGUUUGUCACAACUGCACAGGGUAUCCUUGACGCUUUCCAUGACAAGAAGUUUGCGAGUUUGAUGGGCCUAGAGGGAGGUCAUUCCAUUGAUAGCAGUCUUGGUAAUCUGCGCAUGUUCUAUAAUCUUGGAAUACGGUACAUGACAAUAACGCAUAGCUGUAACACUCCGUGGGCAGACAACUGGCACAUGGACCAAACAAACAGUACAGAAUUCAACGGUUUGUCUGAAUUUGGCAAGGUUGUUAUCAAAGAGAUGAAUCGUCUUGGGAUGCUGGUAGAUUUGUCACAUGUCGCUAAAGCUACAAUGAUUGCUAGCCUCCAAAUAUCAGAGGCUCCGGUGAUUUUCAGCCACAGCUCCGCUUUCAGUGUGUGUAACCAUUACAGGAAUGUACAGGAUGACGUCCUACAGCUGGUGAAAAAGAACGGAGGGGUCGUUAUGGUUAAUUUCUACCCGAGCUUUGUGAAUUGUAAACCCCAUUACAAUUCCAGCUUUUUAGCCACAGUUCAACAAGUAGCAAAUCAUGUGGAACAUAUAAAAAAUCUCAUUGGUGUGAACCAUGUAGGCAUUGGUGGUGAUUAUGACGGAAUCCCGACAACACCAGCUGGUUUGGAAGACGUGUCUAAAUACCCUAAUCUUUUCGCCGAGCUUGUGAGCAGGGGAUGGUCAACGCAAGAUCUUGAAAAAUUGGCGGGAAGAAAUUUGAUAAGAGUAUUCAAAAUGGCUGAAAAGGUUCGUGACCGGAUGUCCUAUCUCCCGCCUUAUGAAGCUGUUCUUCCUGUCUCCGAGAGGAAGGGAAAUUGUUCUACGCUUAUCGAAUAGAGUGCUGGAAAAAUAAAACAGCAAUGAAAAAUGCGGAAGAAAAUCACUCCCGGCACAUCUUCGAACAACAUGCGAUUUUUGAAUAAUGCUGUUUCAUGUAUCAACAUCAUUUGUAUAUGCUAUGGUUUUCCAUAGAGAUUGUAAGUUAGAACAUCUGCAUAAUCAGUAUUUGAUAUGUAAAUAGUGUUUAUCAAAUGAAUUUACGAAUAUUAAACUGGAAAUAUUUCAAUUAUUUUCUCCCUGAAUUUCUCCAGAUUGAUUAUUUCAGUUGGCAUAAAGCAAAUCGAUUUGUUUUUUCCCUUUUGAUCAUACUUUCUGAGCAAUAGUAGAUUCAGAACUUUAAAAACGUUCCCUGGUUCUUCAUUAUUUAAGGUAUUCUGAUUCCCAGGUUCUGAAAAUAAGGCAUUAAGUAAUUGAAAAUACAUGCACAGAAAAUGUCUUUGAAUUCUCUAGGUAACGGAGUAUUUACCUAUUGCAGUUCUUCAAACUUCAUCAUUAAACCUGAUAAUAUCAUUUAGGGAAAAAUCUCAAAUCUCAUAAAAGUUUUCAGGUAAUGCAAAUAGCAAUACACAUGUACAUGAUAUGCAUACUUUCUAAGAUAAGAAAAAUUAUGUACGAUGGGGUAUCAGAAAGUUGGUGGACUAACGCCUUAAAAGUAAAACCGCUUUAGGUAGAUCAAUGAAUUUCGAAUUAUCUAAUUAGCAUCAUCUUUUCUAUCUAUAGAAUAAGCAAAGUCAUAAAAUUUAAUUUUUUUUACUAAAAUAAUAAUGAUUUUGUAAGCAAUGGUAUGUCCAGGCGGUGCAACCUUGAUCACGGCGUUUUUUCGACCUAAGUGUAACUGAGAAAAACUCUUUUUAAAUGAACAUUUGACAUUCAAAAAUCCCGUUAAUUUAGGUAUGUCUUGGGACACUGUUGUUCCAUAAAAUAUGGAAUUUUUACUUCAUUCUGGAAGUUCUGUCAAAAUUAAUCAUGAAUUUUACAUGGAGUAUCUAAACAAAUAAGGCCUUGAAAAUGGCGUCAAAAGAGGGGAGGGGUUUCCUUUUCGAACAUUCUAUAAAGUUUUGCCCCUGAAAUUACUGGUAAAAACCUGUUUAAAGUGGCUACGGAAAAAUAAAAUGCAUCCAAAGUACUUGUAUUUAAUGCCAAAAGAGAUUCAUAAACGAAAGGGAUGCGCAUUUAAUAUCUAUUUGUAGUUAAGGUGUGAAAAAUCAAUCACGUCAAAAAUGACGUUGAUCAUGUUUUGUAGAUAUUAAACUCCAAAAAGUAAAAUAUGCUGGCACAUCAAGAUAGGAUCUCUCCCAAAGAACAAAUUCAUUUGCAAUAAUAUAUGCAUUUAAAGCCGCCCUUCAUGACAUUUUAAAGUCAUAUAAACAAGACAGGUUAAAGUCCUUAAUCAGUUUUAGGGAAUCUCAUCAAAUAAGUAUAUGAGGUAGAAUUAAGAAGCAGACAUUGAAAAACAAUGACGUUGACGGAUGUACGUCAUGAAACUAAACGGCGACGACGCCAGGUGAUCAUAUAAUGUCGUCUUUAUUUUAUAUUAAUUUGGCAAUAAUGAACGUAGCAAGCUAAAAUGUUCAACAUUUCUUUAUUUUUUUUUGUUGUUUUAUGUUCCUAAUAAAUUUUGAAUGCAUAGACUACAUAGUACUAACUUUAUAACCUCAAUUCACGAACAUUUAGAUUACCGCUCGAAUUUAGGCCCUUGGAGAAAUUGUAUCUGUGUUUUUUUAUUUUGACUUAUAAUGUGCAUUAUUUCUUCUGUUUAUUUUACAUUGUUAUUAAACUUAGUGUACCUACAGAGCUUUUACUAUUACUGCAAAGCAUCAUAUACUUGUAAAACUAAUUUCAUAUCUUGCCAAUAAACGGCUAAAUAAAGAGGAUAUUUGUUUUUCUCUAAAGAUAUAUUUUUGUUCUUUCAAGGGGUACUAAUGUCAACUUGUUUAUGAAAUUUUGAAUUUUAUUGAGUUCAAGAAUACGUUUAUCAAACUGUGAUGGAAAGAUUAAAACAUAACUAAGAGUAUAUUAAUGAAGUGGAAAGGCCAGGUUAUCCCUAUAAAUAUGAAGAUAUGCUUCUUUGAUCAAAA